AUGCUUCAAAGCCCUAUUAAGAAUGUUUGGAUCCCCACAAAGCCCUACCAUAUCCACGUUUACCAGGAGAUUUGGAUAGGAAUGGGGUUGAUGGACUUCAAUGUUUAUAAAAUCAGGACUGCUGAUAAUAUGAGUAAAGUCUUAAAAGCAUCCAGUCCUGCACCUGCUCAUGGUCACCAUUAA